AUGGAGACUCGGUUUGUGACUAUAGUUUUUUCUCUGGUUUAUAUGCGUCAUUCUGCAAGUGCAGCACCAAAUGCUACCAACUUUGAAUCUUCAGCCCUUCCGUCGGACCCUCGAUUGAAUCCAAGCGUCGGUAACGGGUACUUAGCUACAACUGUCUACAGCGACACUGUGUAUGUGUCUGGUGUUUACAACGGACGAGGCACGCAAACUCCAAGCCACCGAGCGAGGAUUCCUUCAACCGCAGCCAUUGUUCUACGAAGCAAUCUAAGCUCCAACGCAACCAAGGAAACGUUUAGCCUAAACGUUGAACAAGGAGUGUUUUAUCACCGCCUUAUUGUCGACAAUUUCACGUUAGAGGAGAAAAUUUACGCUCAUCUUGUUCACCGGCACUUGCUUGUCACGGAGAUCGCAGUGAAGAACAACAUGCGUGACCCUGUAAACUUGUUUCUGACUAACGUGUUCGGACCGCCGAGUGCUGACAUUGGAUUUCAAAUACAAGAUUUACCAAGAAGCUCCCCAAAUGACCCUAAGAUCAAUGCCAUGUCAGGCUAUAUCAAAAUAACAGAAGAACCUGACAGUAAAAGGGAAGGCGUGGCCGUCGUCUGGGGGGACAUACCUCCUCAUGUUGUAAUCCAGCCCUACUCUGAUACUCAAACUUUGUACUACAUCACGGCAAUAGCGACCACAUUAGAUGGUAAUGAUUUUGAAAACAUUGCUCAUGAAGCGUACACAGCAGGUAUCGAGAAACCAGAAGAACUCUUUGGAAGUCACGUAAGUGCGUGGAAAGAAUUAUGGGAUAGAGGACGGAUUGAGCUGGAAGGAAAUCUCACUUUAGCUCAGGCAAUCUCCGGCAGUCUCUACUACAUACUCAGGUAAGGAUUGCCAAAAGCCUGCCUAAAAUUUUGGAUUUCAUUAACGAUCCGCUUACAAGCGUGUUACUAUGUUCGUAAAGUGGUUUCAUGUACGUGAAGAAAGUGUUUUCAGGGAGAUAAGGAAACUGAACGGAAUGAUCCGUAUUUUAAGCUUCAAGUAUGCUUGCGUAAUAACAUGCGCCGACCCUCUUAAUAUUGUGAUAUGACCCUGUGAAAAAAUCCUAACCAGACGGAAAUGGAUCAUUAUAAGGUUAUUGUCGCAUAACGGUAAGUUAAAUUAUUCUUAACCUUUAAGUCCCAAUAGUGCUCAAAGUCAAUUUUCUCCUAACGAUAUCCAUAGACUAUCAUGAGCAAAGUCUAUGAGAAUUAACAAAAUGAUCACAUAGAGAAAAAUAUUUGAUCUUUUACCAAAUUCUCUCAACUAAUUCUUCAAGGAAAUGUAUGGAGAUCAGUUUGGAGAAUUUGUAUGUGGAUAUUGGGUUAUUAUGCAUGACUGAAACGUCUCACCCCGGUUACACCUCAAAAAAUGUGAUGACACACCAGUCGGCAAUAAACUCCUUUAAUAACCAGAUUAAGAUCCAAGAUCCCAAAGACCUUGAUAGGUUUAUUUUAACAUCAGCAAGGAGAACUUGAGGUAAUAUUAUUCAGCCGGGGAGUUAAGAUCAGCUUGGGUUAGGAUGUUAUUCAGUUUAAAUAGGCCGAAAGUUUUGUCUCGAUCGACUAGCUAGCCAGUGAAAGGGAUUAUUCUAGCCACCAUUAAUAGUUUUACAGGAGGAAUUUGACCCUACCACUUCUAGGUUUUCGAGGCUAAUCCCAAAUUUCCUUCUGUAAAAAACCGAUACUUCCAUUUUUUAAAAAGAAUUAAAUUUGGCAUUGAAUAGUACCAAGUGAAAGUAGUGCUAAAGAAGUUUCAUGUGAAUGGUCACACCUUAGCAUUUCGUCAGCACAGCCUAAAAUUACUACAGUUGAAGUUACAGACUUCUGGCGCGGAAAGCCAAUGAUAAUUAGAAGGCUUAAAAAUGCCAAAUGGAAACCUCGAUAGAAUGCAUAAUCAAAUAGGAUUAAUGUCCAGGUCAGACAUGGAGACCUCAGGCAGCUCCAAGUUUGUUAAAAUUACAAGGUUUUGAGCACGUCGCCUCUUGUUUGUCACUGUGGACUGUUGGUGUUGUAUGUUUGAGUUACACGGUAUGGAUACAAAUAUGUCGCCUACGACAAAUACUACAAACUCCUCAGAACAACUCCCAAGAUCCCCAGUGCCAUAGAUUCCUGAUUUGACAGUCAAACAUGCAUAGGGUAUUAGCGAAAAAUGUAAUGUUUAAAAAAACGACGGUCACAUGAUCAAGCAGGGCAUAGCUCGGAAGCUCGGAUUUUUUCAGACAUACUGCUCCCAGUUGUCUACUCCACCCUACUUUUCUACUCCCCCCGCUACUCCACGUUCUGCAAAUCAUUUUGAUGCCGUUUAGACGUGAUGAGAUUUGAUUUUUUUUUCAGUUAGGCGACAUAAUCAUUGCUCGAAGUCUUCAGGCAGCACGCGCUUACUGCUCUCGCAUGUGGAAAAUCGAGGAAAACGGCGCGUUGUGCUUGCCUGCUAAAUGUAGAGCGAAGUUACAUGGGCGAUUCUACUAUUUUCAGCAUCUUUUGUUCUCGUACUGCUUUGUUUUGUGUGUGUGUGUGUGUGCGUUUUUUUUCUACCAUUUUUCAUGUAAGAACGUGCGUUCUGGUGUACAGGUACCUUUUGCAGGAUAAGCGGCUUUGUCGAUUUGUCGGAACUGCUAACAAAAUGGCUACUCAACCAAUGUUAAGGGUCACUAUAGAAUAUACUGUUCAAAAAUUGUCUUAUGAUGAGGGUACCAACUUCUCUUUGUUCCAUGCGUAAAUAAAAAUGAGCUGUUUUGAAUGUAUCUGGUAGCUGCCAACAUAAAAAAAGGCCCAAAAGUCUUCUAAGUCUUUGUAUUGAAAAAAUGUAUCGACUCCAAAAUCAAUUUUCUUUCAGUAGUACGAACUGACGUUGUAAAGAACAUCUUGAUAACUCAUUGACCCAGACGUUGCAUAAACUAACCAUACGUGCCUCAGAGAACUUCGUGAAGCUCUGGAAAAGGGCCAGCAAUAAGAAUUGUUAAGUGUACAGGGACAAAGUAGAUAUUGACCUUAAACGUUUCCGGCUUAAUAUUGGUGAGGGCAGUUGAAACGUAAAAGACACAGAAUAAGUUUUGUUCACUAAUGAGAAAAUAACCGGUAUGAAAAGUUGAACCACUUGUCUCCGAGGUCGGAAUUUUUACAAUCCUAGGACUGAGAACUGUUGGAGUGAACAAGGCUUCCGAAAGGCUUGCUAAAUCUUUUGAAGGAACAUAUUACUGAAUAACUUCUGAAGGAAAUGGAAAAGAAACAUUCGUGAAGUGCUGUUCCAAUCUGAUGACUACGUAGCUUAUUUGAUAUUUAUACAGUAGUAUUUAUUUUUUUUGUGCUCUGUACAUUGCUUUAUGAAGACACGGAACUUAAGCAGGCAAAGCUUGAACUGAUCUGUCUUUUUUAAAGUACGUUUUCCUUUCUUUAUCAUCAGCUCUCUUCGCCCCUCUUGGGUGUUCGGGCUGAGUCCAGGAGGCCUGGCUACAGAUGGUUAUGACGGUCACGUGUUCUGGGAUCAGGAGACCUGGAUGUUUCCGCCAUUAGUCCUGCUGCACCAGAAUUUGGCGCGAACCUGUCUUGCUUACAGGUUUGAAAGACUCCAGGCUGCCAAAGACAAGGCAAAAAAAUACGGUUUCAAGGGUAAGUGCAAAUUUCUCAACUCUAAAUAGGUACUGCUUCGCCUUGUUUGCACAUAAAAUUAUUUUCCCCAAAACGGCUGGUGAUUAAAACUAAAGAGAAGUUUUCAGGUUCGUUCCUGAUCUCCAAAGCAGAAAUACUAAUUUUCUCACUGUUGCUCAAAGGCGCCAUGUUUCCCUGGGAAAGCGCCCUGACUGGCUCAGAAGUGUGCCCUGGUGAAAUCUACUCCGACUAUGAGCAACAUAUUGUCGGGGAUAUUGCCUUUGCCGUCAAACAACUCUGGUCAGCAUCCGGAGAUCAACAAUGGCUUAAGAGUCAAGCUUUCCCGGUCAUUCAAGCCACCGCGGAGUUCUGGGCCAACCGUACAGUGUACAAUGACUCUAAAAACGGGUAUGUAAUCUAUAACGUUAUGCCACCGGACGAAGAUGCUGAAGUAGUGAACAAUUCGGUUUACACGAACAUGAUCGCGAAGAUGAAUCUUGAAUUCGCGUACGAAGUUCUGCCGAACGCUUCCGACAGUUGGAAAACCAUUGCCGAACAUAUGUAUGUCCCGUUUGAUGCUACGAAUAAUUACCAUCCUGAAUACGAUGGGUAUCGAGGUAACGAAGUGAAGCAAGCGGAUGUGAUUUUGCUUGGAUUUCCUUUGAUGGUAAACAUGAGCUUAGACGUUCGGCGCAGUGAUCUGAGUUUCUAUGAACCUAGGACAAAUCCGAGAGGACCCGCCAUGACGAAGUCAAUGUUCGCAAUUGGCUGGUUAGAUGUAGGAGACUACGCUCGCGCUGAGACUUCCUUCGAUGAAAGCUAUGUGAACGCAAAGGAGCCGUUCAUGGUUUGGACUGAGGGAGCGGACGGUGGCGGAGCAGUCAACUUCAUCACUGGCGCUGGGGGAUUUCUCCAGUCACUGUUGUUCGGAUACGGUGGAUUACGUCUCCAUGGUAACCACCAACUGCACUUCAAUCCCAUGCUCCCACCAGGAGCGACACAAAUGAAGUUCAUUGGAGUAGAUUACCAUGGAAACAGUAUUAAUUUUGUGAUUGGGGAGUCUCAAUCGCAAAUUUUGGUUACAUCACGCCAGUCAUCCGCUCCAGUACUCCAAGCGGUGAUUGUUAGAACCGAACAAGAGCGCCGCUUGGACAUUGGCUAUAGACUAGAAAUUUCUAAUGAACUGCUGAUUAUAGAGCCUAUUCAAGCUAAUUUAAACGUCUGA